GUUGCAUGAGCUGAUCAGGUUGAAAGCAUCAGGUGACAAGAAGCCUAACAUUAAAAGCCUUUUAUUGGAUAUUGAUUUUCGGUAUUCGCAGUUUUAUAUGGAAGAUAGCUUUUGCCAUUAUAACAUGUUUAACCAUCACUUCUUUGAUGGAGAGGCUGCCCUUGAAGUAUGCAGAACAUUUUUACAGGAAGAUAAAGGUGAAGGAGUCAUUAUGGUGACAGACCCUCCUUUUGGUGGCUUGGUUGAACCUCUGGCUGUUACAUUCAAGAAGCUAAUUGCUAUGUGGAAGAAAGGUCAAAGUCAAGAUAACAAUCACAAAGAACUACCCAUUUUCUGGAUUUUUCCCUAUUUUUUUGAAUCCCGAAUUUGUCAGUUUUUUCCAAGCUUCCACAUGCUGGACUACCAGGUAUA